AUGCUGCGCGCUACGCUCGCCUUGCCUGUCCUUUUCCUCGGAUUGGUCGCCUCUGCGGCCCGGCUGCCUGUGGCUCCACCCUCCCAGGAGGUCCUCGAGGCGUCUGUAGCGCGGAAAGAUGCUACGGUACUCAUUCUUGGGGGAGGCGUUGCCGGGGUGAUCGCGGCGCGCACCCUCCAUGAACAGGGCAUCGAUGACUUUAUCAUAGUGGAGGCGCGGGACGAACUCGGUGGUCGCCUCAUGAGCCAUGCUUUUGGUACACCUGAUAGGCAGUUUACUGUCGAGCUCGGUGCGAAUUGGGUGCAGGGCACGCAGACAGGCAAUGGGGCUGAGAAUCCCAUGUGGGCCCUGGCGAAGAAGCACAACGUCACGACUCGCUUGAGCGACUUUGGUAGCAUUUCGACAUAUGACGACUCCGGCGCGUUUGACUUCCGUGACAUCUUUGACGCCUCGAUCGAGAAUUUCCAGAGACUGGUGGCGUCUGCAGGUGGCCGCGUCCCCAAGAGGCUCGUCGACAUGUCAGCCCGCGGUGGCUACUCGCUCACGGGUUCGUACCCGCAGUCGAGAUACCAAAUGGCAUCUGAACACUACCAAUUCGACUGGGAGUUCGGGACAAGUCCAGAAGAGACCUCCUGGCUAGCCUCCUCAUGGGCACACAACUACACGUUUGACCCGGCGUCUGGCGGUUUCUCUUAUGAGAACCGUCUCUCGGUGGACCAACGUGGCUUCAAGAUGUUGAUACAGGCGGAGGCGAGGGAGAUAUUGAGGCCAUCCCAACUCCGGCUGAACUCAACAGUCAACGUCAUCGAGAACGCGAAGCAUGAAGUGAAGGUUACGCUCACCGACGGUCGUGUGCUGCGCGCCGAUUACGCCCUCUGUACGUUCAGCCUUGGAGUUCUGCAGCACAACGACGUCAAGUUCGUUCCUCCCCUUCCCGCCUGGAAACAAGAGGCGAUCCACAGCAUGUCGAUGGGCACCUACACGAAGAUCUUCCUUCAAUUCCCACAGAAGUUUUGGUUCGACACGCAGAUGGCGCUAUACGCCGACUACGAGCGCGGGAGGUACCCGGUCUGGCAGAGCCUUGAUCAUCCGUCUUACCUCCCCGGCUCCGGGAUCCUCGUGGUCACUGUCACGGGAGAGUUCUCCAAACGCAUCGAGUCCUUGCCAGACUCGUACGUCCAAUCAGAAGUGAUGGACAUUCUGGAGACGAUGUUCCCCGAGGUUGACGUGCCCGAGCCUAUCGAUUUCUACUUCCAGCGCUGGCACAGCGACCCGCUGUUCCGUGGCUCGUACUCGAACUGGCCAGCGGCAUUCCUCAGUGAGCAUCAGGGCAACCUGCGGGCAAACGUGGAUGAGAGGCUGUGGUUCGCGGGUGAGGCGACGAGUCGCAAGUACUUUGGUUACCUACAUGGAGCAUAUACGGAAGGCGAAGCGAUUGGAUUGACUUUGGCGGAGUGUAUUCAAGGUGGAGGGUGCCUCGGGCUCGAGCACAUUGACCGCGUGCAGAAUGCAAGACCGUAUGACAUUGUCUAG